CUCAAAGAAGCAUUAUGAAAACAGGGAGAAUAUGCAAAUAAGCGAUCCCAGAUAGUGGAGCCGGGACAGGCAGAGGACGGGACCUGGGUGAUCGUUACUCCGCUAUCUAUUGGUUAGCCGGUCAUAUGCCGGUCUCAGGCAAAUCCUAACCUCCACGCCAGGCAUUGGAUCAGGUGGUCCUCUGGUGGAUGGCUUUUCCAAGGCACUGUUCAAAUCAUCCUCAGCUCCUACGAUCGGCCACGACCAUCCUCGUCAACGCCUGCUACCACUCUCAUCACGCCCUCAAAUCCUCAUCGCGAUCUACUCGGCCUUUAUCUUUACCUUUACGGUGGCCGUACUCUGAGGGAUGAUGCUUCCUUCAACGGUGCGGCGAAUCGCCGCCGCCGCACCCCAUCCUCCUCUUUUGGCAUCUUUCGCGCCCACAGCGACGCGAGCGACAGCUGGUCUCACCCUCACCAGCAGCCCCACAUGUAACCAGAGGCGGCGAUAUUCGUCGUCGAAGCCAUCCAGUCCGAAAGACUCGCCAAAAGGGUAUGGCGCCGGCCAAGUAACAGCAAGCGCAACGCAGUCGACGAAGCAAAGCGGCGAAAAGAAAAAACGGAAGGCUAAGGCGUCGAGCACACAACGAAAGCUUCCAAGCGUUCCCAGCACUCAGAAUAUACCACAAGAGGCUCUUGCCCUGGCCACCUUUUUCUCACUUCAUCGACCCAUCUCCGUCACACAUGUCUUUCCUAAGGCCAUAACAGACGACACCUUUGCGCGGAUCUUCGCCCAACCCACGAAAGCUGCUACGUACAACAAAGUCAUGUCCACACUGGCCCGAUCUGUUGAUCAGCUCGAACAGCCUAUGCAAGCGCUGAAUAUCACGAAUCAACAUAGGACCGACGCCUCGACUACCCAGAACACAAAUGGCGAGAACGUGCAGUCAGUUACCGUGCAGCAUGCGGAUGGUACCGAAACCAGCGUACAGGUGCAGCUAGACCACAUGUCCGGAAACUUUCUACCCUUCAACCCACCUCCGAUACCCCAGCCGCUCUCAAGCACCGAUUUGGAUCCUUCUGUUCAGUCUGCAAAUGUGGAGUUGGCACAAUCGGAAGAAGCAUCAAUACAGCAACAACCCCAGACUCGUAUUUAUAAGGCUAUUGUCACGCUUGAGGAAACGAUCGACGAGAAUGGGAACUCCCGGAUCCAGGCGCACAGCGCGCAGCUGAUCAAGGAUGAUGCCGGUGAAACCAGGUCUGGUAUCUCUAACCGAAACUCGUUUCUCGCCCGCAUGGCAUCGCGCGAAAUCAGGCAACGCCGCCGCAUGCUUGCUAUUAGCGUCAAGCGUCAACGAAAGCUCAAGAUGAAGAAGAAGAAGUAUAAGAAGCUUAUGAGACGGACACGAAACGAACGCCGAAAGCUAGACCGUGUCUAAUGUACUACCCUGAUUGUCAAUGUGUACCCAGAGGAGCACCUAGCAUGCGCGUACGGCGUUUCUGUACAUAGCCAAUGCUCUGAAUCUGAAAUAUGAGACGAGCAUGUUCCCGCCCGCUCCCUUGUCAUCUACAUAGUUUCGGGUCAUUGUCUACGGUUGUAAUACGGUGUACGGAAGAUGGGCAUUAUAGCGGAGGAAGAGGGUUAUUUCUCCUUUGUCUGUGGCAUUGUGGCAUUUUUCUGCCUUCGCGCUUUUCAAGGUAGUAGAGGUAGCUAUCAGCUCAUAGACGCUAUUAUAUCGCUACCAUACAAGGCGUUAAGUAUAGUGGCGGAUAUCCAAUCAAUACAAUCUCAACCUUGCAUAUUACCUAGAAC